AUGGCCGCCAGCCCCGCGCCCCUAGGCGGGCGCCCCCGAACGCAAAUGUCCCAUCUAAGCAAGAUGGAGCGUGUGGUCGUAAGCAUGCAGGACCCCGACCAGGGUGUGAAGAUGCGGAGCCAGCGUCUGCUUAUCACCGUCGUCCCCCACGCAGUGAUGGGCGGCGACGUCGUGGAGUGGCUGAUCCACAAGUUCUGCAUCUCUGAGCAGGAGGCCCUGCACCUGGGCACCCUCCUGGUACAGCAUGGCUACAUAUACCCGCUGCGCGACCCCCGCAACCUGGUGCUCCGACCUGAUGAGACAUCUUACAGGUUCCAGACACCAUACUUCUGGACAAGUGUCCUGUGGCCAGCCUCCGAGUUGGACUAUGCCAUCUACCUGACCAAGAAGAAUAUCCGGAAACAGGGCGCCCUGGUCGACCAUGAGAAGGAGCACUAUCACCAGCUACACAAGAAGAUCAACCAUGUGUGGGACUUGGUGGUGAUGCAGGCUAGGGAGCAGCUGCGGGCAGCUAAGCAGCGCAGGAAAGGGGACAGGCUGGUCAUUGCCUGCCAGGAACAGACUUUCUGGCUGGUGAACAGGCCCCCGCCUGGGGCUCCCAACGUGUUGGAGCAGGGUCCACAGCGGGGCUCCUGCACCACCAGCUGCAUGCAGACGGCCAAGAACUUGGAUUUCUAUAAGCUGGAGAUUGAGCGCUGCAGAAAGGCACUUGGCAGGACCCGGGUGAAGUCCUCUGUUUGCCUUGAGGUGUACCUGAAGUUCAGCGCCCAGCACAGACUGCAUGACCCCAUCCUGUCUGGAUGCCUGCCCAGCAACCCAUGGAUCACAGAUGAUGCUGCCUAUUGGGCCAUGAACGCGCCCACGGUGGCUGCACCCACAAGGCUCCGCAUGGAGCGCUGGGCCUUCAGCUUUCGGGAGCUCCUGGAAGACCCCGUAGGGCGGGCCCAUUUCAUGCACUUUCUCAGGAAGGAGUUUAGUGCCGAAAACCUCAGCUUCUGGGAAGCAUGUGAAGAGGUUCGCCAUGGAGAGCAGGCACAGAUCCCUCUCCUGGUGGACACCGUGUACCAGCAAUUCCUAGCCCCUGGUGCUGCCCGCUGGGUCAACAUUGACAGCCGAACAAUGGAGCAGACCCUGGAAGGGUUGCACCAGCCCCAUCGCCAUGUCCUGGAUGAUGCCCAGUUGCACAUAUACAUGCUCAUGAAGAAGGACUCCUACCCAAGGUUCCUGAAGUCUGACAUGUACAAGGGGCUACUGGAGGAGGCAGAGAUCCCACUGGAGACAAAGAGACGGGUGUUCCCAUUCACAUGGCAGCCACGGCACUCAAGCCCCAGCCCUGCUCUUCUUCCCACCUCUGGGGAGCCCAUGGUGGUUGGCAGCCCUCGGGGUGAUGGGGAGGUCUAGGUGGACCUGGCCUCUGUCAUCCUCACUUCCUCCUACUUUCCAUUUCCUC